CAAACUCCGGUAAACGGUGAACGCAAUAAGCGGCAAAAAAUCACACAUAAAUUAUUUGAAGUGCAGAAAGAAAUUAAAGAAGAAGACAAUCAGAAUUUUCAGAAGUAAAAAUAUGAGGAAACAGACAUGUAUUUAUAAGCCAACAAAGGAUAGUGUGAACAAGUCUAAUUGUGCCUUAUCAGAAAAGUCACAACUAUUCAUUUUUCAUUCACACCUUUUAAAAGCCCAACAAUUUCUUCCUUUUACUAAUUCAGUAUUCUAAAAAUAGUUUUUAUUUUAUUUAUUUUGCCAAAUUAAGAAAGAUUUAAUAUUUUCAUUCAAUAUUACUUAUCAUUAAGCACAGACGCUCCUCAAUCAUUGCUUUGUUGAUAGGAUUUUAAUUACAUCAAUAAGGAUAAUUUAGUAAAAUAAACUCUCAAUAAAUAACUUAUAAGUGGAACAUAAAGUUGUAAAAGGGAACGGUGGAAGACAACAAAGUCUACUAUGGUGGCGGAAACUAAUUUUUACUAUCAAAUCGGACCAUAUAAAAGAAAUUCACGUAAGUACUGAACGGAAAAGUCAAUUAUGGUGGCAGAAAAUUCAUGACAACCCAAUCUUGACAAAAUCAUAAUAGUACCUCGUUGGCUUAAAUCAAAUUUUAUGAGCUCAAUAUAACAUUUAUAGCUUUCCCAAAAUAACAAAUGGAUAAAUUAACAUUAAUUCCUCUGGAACAGAAAUUCCCUUUCUAUAUAAACCUGAAGCAUGCAUGAAUGAAUUUCCAUAAACAUAAAAUAAGAUCGUUAAUUCCUUUCUGAGAUAUAUGGAGACACAACAAUUACCUUUGAUCUUUAUUUCACUCUUGUUAUUCCUUUCCUUCAUCUUAUGUUUAGUUCAUCUAUGGAAGAAAUCAAAAACCUUUAACAAAAAAAGACUGCCUCCAGGACCAUGGAGUCUACCUUUGGUAGGGAACUUGCACCAAUUAAUGAACGGUCGUUUGCCACAUCAUACUUUGAGAAGUCUAUCACAAAGAUAUGGACCGAUCUUUCAUUUACGUUUAGGAGAAUUAUCAAUUGUUGUUGUAUCUUCACCUGAGAUGGCGAAAGAAAUUAUGAAAACCCAGGACCUUCGCUUUGCUAAUAGACCUGAAUUUAUGUUUGGAGAAAUUAUUAUGUACAAUCAUACAGACAUUAUAACUUGUGCAUAUAGUGAUUACUGGAGAAAUAUGCGCAAAGUGUGCACCAUCGAACUUCUAAACGCAAAGAUGGUCAAAUCAUUUAGUUCGAUUCGACAAGCAGAGAUGGAAAGUCUCGUUUCAUCGCUUAAUUCUAUGCCUAAUGACACAUUGAUCAACUUGUCACACAGAAUUUUUUGGUUUACAAGUUCUGUAACUUGUAGGUCGGCUUUUGGAAAAAUAAUACAUGGUCAAGAUAAAUUGAUAAUGUUGAUAAAGGAUGUCACAUCGUUAGCUACAGGAUUUGACUUGGGUGAUUUCUUUCCUUCCCGAAAAUGGGUUCAUGAGGUUAGUGGAUUUAAGUCAAAAAUAUUGAAGGUUCACAAAAAAGCUGAUGUAAUUUUGGAGAAUAUCAUUAAUGAGCAUAGGGAAAAUCGAACAAAUGGUAAGAAGGGCAAUGGUGAGUUUGGAGGUGAAGAUUUGAUUGAUGUUCUACUACGAGUCAUGGAGAGUGGAGAAUUGAACACUCCAAUCACAAAUGAGAAUAUCAAAGGAGUUAUUUUUGACAUUUUUAUGGCGGGAUCUGAAACAGCAGCUACAACAAUUCUUUGGGCGUUGGCGGAAAUGAUAAGAAAUCCAAAUGUUAUGGUUAAAGCACAACUUGAAGUUCGAGAAGUCUUAAAUGGAAAUAAAACAUAUGAGGAUACAAAUUUAGAAGAGUUGAAGUAUCUAAAAUUAGUGAUUAAAGAAACAUUAAGGUUACACCCUCCUAUUACUCUAUUACCAAGGCAAUGCAGAGAAGAAACAAAAAUUGACAAAUACACAAUACCCAUCAAAACCAACAUUAUAGUGAAUGCAUGGGCAAUUGGAAGAGAUCCUACAUAUUGGCAUAAUUCAGAAAAUUUUAUACCGGAGAGAUUUGAAAAUAAUUCUAUUGAUUUCAGAGGAAAUCAUUUUGAAUUUGUUCCAUUUGGCGCAGGAAGAAGAAUAUGUCCAGGGUUAUUAUUCGGAUUAGUGAAUGUAGGACAUCCUUUAGCUCAGUUACUUUAUCACUUCGAUUGGAAGACUCCUUAUGGAGUCAAUCCAGACAAUUUAGACAUGACCGAAACAGAUGGAGCAACCGCCAGAAGAAAAGAAGAUCUUUGUUUAAUUGCUACUCCGUUUAAUUUCUCUUAAAAACAUAAUAGACUUGAGAACUUUGUUCCUUGUUUGAAGUACGUAGUUGUACUUUUCACUAAUUGCAGCUUGUUUAUCAACCGGAGAUGGAUAAGAAGAUAAAAAAGUUUAUUUUACAAUAACUACAUAUCUUUACAUGGUAUAUCUAUAUUUAUGCAUGCGUGUGAUUUUGUGAUGAUUGUACUUGAAUUCUCUUUUCCUACUUUGGUGGGUUA